AUGUCGACGCCGCCCAACCCGCCGGCCCAGGACAAGGCCAAGACGGGCCUGGGCAAAUAUGUAAAGAGAAUGAGCACCGUCUUCAAGAGGGACCGCUCCUCCAAGUCGCAACCGCCUGCCACAGCCCCGGACGCUCCUUCCUCUUCUUCUGCCGCUGCACCUCAACAACAACCACAACCACCACCUCAGCCACAACAACAGCAAAAACUGCAGGACCAGCAACCCUCCCCCGCAUCACCACCUCCUCAACCCCAACAACAAGAAAUCCCGUCCUCCUUGGACCGCAACGCCAUGCAGCAGGAGCGUGCCCGCGCUCUCUUUGCAAAGUAUGGCCUCACUCUUGAGUCGCAUGAGUGGAUCGCCGCCCCGGGCCCCAUGCCCCCCCUGCAGCGUGUCGAGAAGCCCAUUCGCAUGCGUGUCCACCGCACCUGCCACCGCUGCGGCACCCUCUAUGGCGCCGACAGGACCUGUGUCCAGUGCGAGCACAGGCGCUGCAAGAAGUGCCCUCGCUUCCCCAAGAAGAAGACGCCCGAGGAGAAGCAGGCCGAAAAGGAUGCCCCCGACCAGCCAAAGAGAAAGCGCAUGCUCACCAUCCGCACCCGCGCUGGAGACGAACUUGUCUACCAGCCCACCAAGCAGCGCAUCAGGCGCACCUGCCACAAGUGCGCCACUGUCUUCGUCCCUGCCCAAGCCGUCAUCUGCCAAAAUUGCCACCACGCCAGAUGCACAAAAUGCCCCCGCGAGCCCUCAAAGCUCACCAAAUGGCCUGCCGGAUACCCCGGCGACGCCGAAGCAGACAGCGAAACAGAGGUCGACAGGCAACUCGAGACGUUUAGGCGCACUUGGCGGAAACCAAGAACCAGGGUUCGCUGGCAGUGUGAAAAGUGCAACAGCCUCUUCCAAAAUCACCAGCCUCAGUGUCCAGGUUGCGGACACGAACGGUGCGAUCAGUGUACCAGGUCCCCUGUCAAGAAACCAAACAAGUCUGAUCAGUUCGACGCCCAGGUGGUUGCAGCUGUCGAAGCCAAGCUCAGAGCCAUGGGCGUGGAUGAUGAGGGGCUCUCUUCAGCCGCAGAAGCUACUUGA